AUGCCGCAUUCGCAAAGGUACCCGACUGCGGGCCAUGUUGAGCAUGACGGAAUCAUCGACCAUCCUGACCAAUCCGCAAUUAAACACCAUAGUCUGACUUCUCCAGAAGCAGUAGAGCUCAAGAAUGAGCCUGACCACGACUGGGUAGAGACAAAGGAGUCUGAAGACUUUGGGAUCCAUGGCCAUAACAGUGACGACGAAGAUGACAGCCAAUUUCCUUGA